AAACCGGUUCGUUUCGAGCCCAGUGGAAAGUGAUCUUGCGGACAUGAAGCCUGUAUCGCUCGCUCGGUUGCGCCGGUUGCUAAUCGCGUAUAUGUGGGCCGACGACAUCGACUAUGUCUUCCGGGACGCUCAGCUAAAUGAAGACGUGUCUGUCUCGAUCAAACAUAAAAGAAAGGGCGAUGAUGAGCAGCGACUUUUAGAAGUGGUAUCAACUCGGUCGUUGAAUGCCCUGAAGCAACCCAAAGAACUGCAUUUCCAGCCGCGCGUCGCCAUCGUCACUGGAGCCUCUUCUGGUCUCCGUUCUAAAUUCUUCGAUAGCAGAACCCUCGAGGAUUUGACCACAUUCAACUGGUCACGGAUCCUUCUCCUGUCCAGCAUCUCUCACCUGUGCACGUUUGAGCAGAAUUCACGCAGGUUGCCCGGUCUUGAACGUGUCCGUAAUUUUUUAGGCGGAUGACCGCACUUGAGACACUGUCGGUCAACGUCGAGGGUCUGCCGAAGGUCAUCGACGCACUCACACUCUUCCGAGAUCCAACCGACCCGCCUCUCUGUCCUGCACUGACGACGCUACGUAUCGCCAUCCAGAAAGAUAGUGACUGUGACAUCAUCCUGGACUCGCUCCGCUCGCAUCGUGCGCAGCUUGGCAUCAAGCACCUGUAUGUCGGGCUGGUCAAUCCUGAGAAUGUGCACUGGAGACCUCGCCAAGCUGUGAGGGAUGAACUGCGUGGCGACUUCGAUUCGGUGAAUUUCGAGACGCUGUUGUAUGAUAAGGCAUACGGCAUUACUUUGCCGCUGGUUUGUGAUGAGGAGGCGCAUGCUUUGUGGCCGCGCUGGCUAGAUGAGAGAUGACAUUGAUACCUUCUGGUCUCCCGAGGUGCGGAUGAAGUCUAGUCUAAAUAUUGCUCUUACAUCACUCCUUUGCACCGUGUUUCAAUGGUCCUGACGAAUGAGAAAGUCAUGCAGACAAUGCUCGUCAUGUUACGCACCAUAGCAAUAUUUUCUCACCGGCGAUUCUCGAGCGUACGAGGAGAAAGUUCAAUGAUCACCGUUCUUUACAAUGAAA